CUUUAUUUUUCUUCUCAAAACCCACACUAACCCCAUUUCCCAAAACCCCUCUCUUUGAGUCUCACACUACCAUGGCGGCACUGAAGGUUCUCCUCUGGCAGGGUCGGCGCCACUCUCUCCCCAAAUGCGCUUCCCAAUUCUACUCUCUCACCUCUCACCGAUCCCUCUCCUCCGAAUCAAACUCUAACCCUCCCCGAAGACCCUCCGAACCCAUCCCCAUUCAACCCGUCUCCUACCCCGUCAAACCCAAACCCUCACCCUCGCCGCCCCAACCCCAAUCCUCUCCUUCCGAGCCCCAAUCCCUCCGCCCCGCGCCUCCGCCUCCGCCUCCGGACUCUUCGCGCUCGUUGACGCGCCAGGACAUCCGCUACAUCAAGGACGCGCCGUCGAUCGCGCCGGUGGCCUACUCCUCGCGCGUGGCGCCGCUCCCCGACGACAUAGAUUCCGCUGCGGCGGACGAGGAGGCGGAGAGCGAGGGAAGGAAGAUCGAGGCGGAGAAUGAGCUGAGGAUGAGAAUUGCGAAGGCCGCCGAAGAGGAACGGAUGAAGGUGCCUUUUCCGCUGCUGAUUAAGCCCAAGAAGAACGACAAGCCGCCUCCGCUUGAUUUGGCCGAUGCCAUUCGCCAAGUUAAGGCCAAUGCCAAGGCAAAGUUUGAUGAAACUGUUGAAGCACAUAUAAGAUUGGGAGUUGAUUCAAAGCGUACAGAAAUGGCAGUUCGUGGUACUGUGAUUCUGCCUCAUGGUGCUCCCAAGGCCGUCAGUGUGGCUGUUUUUGCAGAAGGGGCUGAGGCAGAGGAAGCCAAAGCUGCAGGAGCUGAUAUAGUUGGUGGUAAAGAGCUGAUUGAGGAGAUUGCUAGUGGUAAAAAUAAGCUCAAAGUUGACAAAUGCUUCUCGACUCCAGGAAUGGCACCUCAUCUUGGAAAGAUAGCACAAUAUCUUAGAAAGCGCAGAUUGAUGCCAGAUAAGAAACUAGGUACUCUUACUAGUGAUAUUUCUGGGCAGUUGAAAGAGCUAAGACAAGGCCGUGUUGAGUUUAAAAUGGAAAGUAAAUCAAUUUUGCAUGUGGGACUUGGAAAGGUAAGCUACAAAGAAGAGGCUUUACGGGAGAAUAUUGGUGCAUUUAUGAAUGCUGUAUUGCUUGCAAAACCUACUGGCUUAAAGAAGACUUCCAAAUAUGCUGGGUAUGUGUUGUCGGUCCAUAUAAGCAGCACAAUGGGCCCCGGAUUACCUGUAUCAAUACAAUCAUUAUCUAAAGCAGCAGAUAACUACAAGAAAAUGCAUGUGGUAUGAAUCAUGUGGAUUUGGCAGUUGUGGGCUUUUAACAUGAAUCCAAGUUUAGAUGAACAUAUGUUGUAGGUUUUUGUUCAUUACCAUUGAUUAUGUAAGUUUUGUUUACUGAUAUAUGUGCCAAUAAGUAAAAUUUUUGACAUUUUUGUGAGCUUGAUAAAUUUUCUGAUGGCCUUACUGGUGUUUCAUGUUCCUCACUGCAACAUUGAAAAAUGUCUUGCUAUAUUUAUUAUUUUAAAGCGAUACCGGCUAACCAUUUGAUGUCUGCA